AUGGAGGGCAUCUUUCUCAAGGCAACAACAAUAACAAUACCAACAACAUUGGAAGCAAAAAUAACAUCUUAUGAUCGCCUCUCGCUGCGUAUAUGUCACGCCUGCAUUAGCUAUUUGAACUCUUGGCAGAGUUUUAAAAAUCGUUGCCUUACAUCUCAGAAAAAACAACGCAGUUGGGUAGAUAAUAACUUAAGCAUAACAACAACACCAGCUGAUAAUACGCAAGAUGAAUAUCAAGAACAAAGUAGCUUGGCAUCAUCAAUAUUGGAUGGAAUUACCACGUUAAAGAAGCGAAAAUCUUUAACAGUUUAUCCUUUACCUGCAGUACAAAUUAAGGAAGAACCAACGGAUAAUGAUGACGAUUAUAGUAUGAAGCAUCAUGAUGAAUCUGAUGAUAUUGUUGACCCAACAAUGUUUUUGGAACGCACACAAGAAGAAGAGGAGGAGCCAAUAAUGGAACCUCCACAUUAUAGUUUUUCGAGUGAUCAACCUUCUGUUAUAAGUGAUGUCAAAGAAGCAUCCUGCCGUGCGUGCAACUUAAAAUUUUCUACGCGUGCAAAUGCACGUCGUCAUGAACGUAACUUGCAUCCCAACCUUUUUGAAUUCGGUCCGGCUUCUGCUAAUAGUACACCAAUUACUAGACCUACAGCAGCUCUUGCCGCGGCAUUAGAGUUGCGUCGUACUAAUCAAAAUUCUAACGCUGCCGACACAUCUUCGUUACUGUCACAACAAAAAUAUCGUCAAUUAGUUGUGAAUGCUUUCAAUCAAGGCGAGGCGGGUGGUUAUGAUUAUGACAGUCCAGAAAAGUAUCAGCAAUUACUAACUGACGAGAAAAUAGUGUUUCUACAACAGAAUGAGGACUUUUUGUCACAAUAUCAAAAUAUGACUUGUCGUUGCUGCAACAGAAGUUAUACUACUUACAAGAAUUUUAUGGCUCAUAUGCGUAAAAAGUAUGCGACGCUGCCACGGAACUUAUGUUUCAAUUGCUUGAAAUUGAAUGAUUCGAAGGCGCAU